AUGAACGGGGCUUUAGCUGCCUUUCCCAGCAGCGCGGGGAGCAUCCGCUGGGCGCUGACUGCUGCUGGUUUCGGGAGGAAGUUGGUGGGAAGGGGAUUGCAGGGGGGUGUGUGUGAGUGUUGGGGGGGAAGGGACGGGGCAGGGAGCAGGGGUGCCACAGCAGGAGAGGGUCGUCUUCUCUCCGCCUCCCCCUGCUUCACGCUCUCAGCACGGGGCUGGAGCUCCAGAGACGCGUCCUCAGGAGGUCUCCUGUACAAAAGAAAUAUCAGGAACCCAGCCUCAGGGCAUCCUAGAGAGGAUGGAAAGCUAACCCUGUAA